GUUUACAAAAAUGAAACAUAGUUGACAUUAAAGUUGCUGCUUAAGUACAUCGAAGAAGAGUAAACACCCUGAAACGAAUGAUAAAAUGAAAGGGUUUAUUGUUGCAAAUAGAAUAAAUGAUAUUUAUUUUAUGGAUGUUGAUGACGAAUUUGCGAUACAUGUCAAUAAACAAGCAAAAGAACAAGGACUGAUCAAUGAGAUAAGUGAUGAUGAAGCUAACAUCCUUGAAGCAAAUGUUGUCAUGCAGUUGUUUUCACCAAUUUUUAUGUCACAGUGGUUUAUGAUAGAUCAAAGGAAAAAUCCAUGUAAAUCUAUAACAUGUGAAAAUGGUUUUGUUUUUGUCUUCCAACAUGUUGAAGAUUUAUUGAUUGUUUCUAUAAAUGGAGACGGAAGUGAGACUGAAGAGUACCUGACUAGAAAAACAAAUAUGUUUGUACGCAUGGUAGAAUUUCUCUUUGGACCUGUUACUGAUGAAAUAGGAUACAGCAAAUUUAGUAAAAAAGCAAACAGGUGGAAUCUUCUGAAGGGUAUUAUGAAAACAUGGAAUCAACUUUCUUUGGAAGAACAUGCUUUUCUAGUGGAGGCAAUUGAAAGAGUACAUAUUAAUAUGAUAGUUAAUGAAAGAUGUGUGGAUGUAUUAGACCAUGCUGUCAACAAAUUACAGAAUGCAGGAGAGAAGAACACAUACCAUGGCUUACUUUUUGUUAACAGUAAACUGCUUACUUUGUAUUCUGGGAGAAAUGUACCUGAACUGAGACCCUCUGAUACUCUAGCUAUAAUAUUGCUGAUAAAACACUUAUUUCCUACCAAUGAGAAGCUGGAGGAUUUGUUCUCCUUUUCCUAUAGAAAGUCUGAGCAAGGAUCCUCCUCCACAAAAAUGGAAUACCAGCCCAGCAGCCCAGUUUCAGACAGAUAUGACAGUGCACAAGAUGACAUAGAGGAUGAUGAUGAAAAGUAUGCUAGUGCAUUAGAAUCACCAAAUCCAGAAAAAGGGUCAGAUUCAGAUAAUCCUUUUCCAGAAAUGUCAAUAUCACUGACAGAUGAGAAAAGAUCCACACCAAUAGAAUCAAAAACACCAACUAGAACUCCUACUCCAGAGGUUCUUCAUAAAACCAGCUCUCUGCCUUUGUUUGGUCGAAGAAGAAGUAGGACAUUUGAAGGUGAAAAAGUACCUGGUGUGAAUGUUGCUAAACAAAUUGUAGGAAGUGGUAGGGCUAGAAGUCGUAGUUGGGUAGAACCAACAUAUGAUGACUCCAGAGCUACACCACCAGAAGUUGGAACCAAAAAUGUAACACCACCAGUACCAGAGGAGGUGGAGUCGAUACCAUUUUACAUGUCUCACAUAGUGUUUCUACAGAAUGAACUGUGUUCCCACUGUCCACAUCAGCUCCAUUGUAUACAGGUGUUCCCUGGUAUCACACUUGUUCUUGUCAGUGAGAUGCCUAGAGCCAGUUUAGCCAACACCCUCUGCCAAGUUUUAUAUUUGCUGAAACAAGUUGUGUUAGGAAAAACAGGACAUGGUCACUGGGCUCAGGGACAGAAUAUGUAUGACACUGUAAACACCUUGAUAAGCAAACUGUCUGCACCUCUUAAAAGAGCAAAGGGAAAUGUUCCUGCAAUAUUUAAUGAUGUUUUGAAGAAAUGGGAUGAUCCAAGUUUCAAGUCACAUCUUUUGAAUUUCUUAGAACAACCAAGAGAUAAAGAAAUCCCUCCAAGUAUUGAAAGAUCUCUUACAUAUCUGUUGAAGAAGAUGAAGGAUCUGUUUCUAUUCUUGUACUUACUUCCACGUCCACUGACGCCACAGCUGGAGAGAAUGGUGACACAGAUCAGAGAAAGAGCAGGGCAAAAAUUAAAGGAUUUCAAAGAUUAUUUGUGUGUCAAAGCACAGCGUAAUAUAACAAUGACAUCAUAUAUAGAACAGUUUCCAGGCCUGGUGCAUUUUAUAUACAUUGAUAGAAGGACCAAUCAAGUAACUGCUCCAUCAUUUAACAUUACUUCUGGAGAGACAACACUGGAAACAGGGGAGACAACUAUGAAGGAAAUGGAUGCAACAAGACUAUUAAAGGAUAAGGUUUGGAAAAUGAUGGAAUUCAUGCAGCUGAAAUUGAAAAAUGGGACCACCUGUGUAGCCGCCAGAGAAGGAGAUUAUUACUUCUCAUAUUUCCUGUGGUUUGGGGAUUCUUUGGGUAAUAUUAUAACACCACAGCAGCCUCUACAAGUAUCUAUACCCUUAUCAAGCCCUGGUGUAUUAACCAGUAACUUUUACAGCACACUACUGAGACGAUGCUUCCCUAAUAUGGUUCCAGGAUCUAUUGCUUGUUUUGAACUUAUGAUGAUGCAUGUAGGAUUAGUCAGUUUAUCAUACAUUACAGAAAACAGGACACGUCUGACUGCAUUGUUAAGAAGUAGUUCUGGAGAAUCAGUAUCACCAAUGACUCUAGCAUUAUAAAAUGAUAUUAUUUUACAGAAAACAGGACACGUCUGACUGCGUUGUUUAGAAGUAGUUCUGGAAAAUCAGUAUCGCCAAUGACUCAAGCAUUAUAAAAUGAUAUUAUUUUAUAUUAUUAUCUAUGCUCCAAAAAAGGAGAAGGUACUGUUCAGACAUGACCCUUAAAUUAAAAAAUCAAAAAGUAUUAUUAAUACCGGUAUACCAAAAAGCAUCCUUCAGAUGUUCAUAAGAUAUGAAGUCUGUCAAAUAUAAGUAUUUAUAUUUUUUAAUCUUAUCUCAUUUAUUUGCAUAAGGGUUUCAAAUUUCUUGCAUUUAGUGCAAAACAGUCUAUUUGAGAUCUUGUCAUUGAUAUGUAGAUGUAUGCCAUUAUUCUUUAACUAAAAAGAUGAAAUUUACAGAGCUGUUACUGUGGAAAAUAUCUUUUGGGGUAAGACCUAAGAUUAUAUAUAAUUUGUCCAAAAUUUAAGUGCAAAAUGGCAAUUUUUUUUUAAAUAUGUCAAUUUCAACAUGUUUAUACCAUACACUGUGAAAGUACUUUUAUUCGUGGGGUACCAAUUUUCGUGGUUUACGUGGAUGCCUUUACCACGCAAUUAAGUGUCCAACGAAAUAAAACAACUGCUAUCCAAAUCAAGACAUAGAAAGAUCCCCAUGUAGGUUUGACUACAUGGAUACCGGCAUAUAAUCUAGAGAAUACAUCGAAUAAACUGUACGACAUUUAAUCUUUUAAUUCUCAUGAAAAAUUAGUUUUGAUCAAUGAAGUCAGACUCUAGUGAUGAUAUACAAUGAAGUGAUCAUUUUAUCUCCUCAGAAUUCUAAUACAUAAAAAAAAUGAUAAUUUGAUAUUGGACUUGCUUUUUUUGUUUUAUAAGAAUUAAUUCUACAAUUCAACAUACAUUUGUAGCAUUUUUUUUAUGUAACUGUUUUCUUUAAGUGACAUGUUUAUGGCCCAAUUAACACCUUUGAUGAUCAUUAAUCUGUUGAUCAUUCAAUCUCGGGUUAAUUAGUGUCACCACUUCUGAUUACACGUGUGCAACGAUAAAAAUGUUUUCUUUGCAAUUUCCUUCAAUUGAGACAAUUUGUAAGCAUAGAUGAAUAAGAUUAUUUUCAAAAGCAAUUAUUCUAUUAAAAAAUUGAUGAAUGUUGUCAGUAAUGAAAGAGGAACAAGUAAAUGAAAAUCAACGCCUUAUUUUGCUGUCCCACAAAUCAUUAUAAAACACCACAUGAUUAUUUUCAAGAAUCUUUGUUUCUGAUUGCUUCAAAUUCUUCACUCAAUUUUUUUUCAGAAAACAAAAAUCAAAGAAUUUAAGAACCCACGACCAUGUAACAUUUUCUCAAACCACGAAAAUUGAUACCCACGAAUAAAAGUACUUCACAGUAGUGACAUGGCAAAUAACCUUUCUGCACUCAGAUGUCUAGAUUUUCAUAACCUGAUCGUUUAUCAAUAAAAUUAAUGUAAUUUUGAAAGUGUAGAAUAAUUUUAUCUAUUUUUGCAAUUUGAGGAGCCAAUGAAUGGCUCUAAUUUAAGUUGCUAUUUUAGGGGCAAAAAGUAUGUUACUUCGAAAUAGAAAAAAAAUUUCUAACCAACAAAAAUAAGUGAAUCCUCAGAAUUUUAUUUAGAUUAGUGUGUCUGAUGUCAAGGUUAGGCUAAAACAUUUCUGCUAGAAAUCCAUGUCACAAAAAUUAAUUGAAAAAAUGGUAAUAAGCAUUCCAGACCCUCAUGUGUAGUCAAGGAGGUUAAAAACCACCCCUGGUAAGUUGAACAUAUUUAUUUUUGUAAGUUGAACUGUUGAACAUAUUUUUGGGGGCAUAUUAUGUGGUUGAAAUAAUUGUUUUUAAUCAUUUACUAUAUGAGUGAAUUAGUCUUAUUGAUUUCUUCAUCUUAGUUAAUUUACAAGUACUUUGUAUUUGUACUUUUUUUAUUAAUUUAUUGUAUCUUUUUAAAUUGAAUUUUUAUAAUUGUUAUUUUGAAAGUGCAAUAUUUAAUUGUUAAGCAAUUGAACAUGUUAUUAUUAAUUAUACACAAUAAAUUUAUUUUGUUAUAAAUAA